UCUCUCUCACACUCUGUCUCACUCUCCUUGCCGCGCGCUCAGAGCUACCCCAGAGCUAGACCUUUACUCUCCGCGUCUUCCCGUUUUCUCCUCCAGCCUCACUUCUGUAAGUGCUGUUCACGGAGGAAACGAGCAUCGGGUUAAGUUCCCAUCCGCUGAGGAAAUGAAAGAGGCGUCCCGCUGUCCAGCUAGCCGUCCAGCUACGCUCAGCGCGAGAGCCACUGCCAGCUGAGAGGACAUGGACGGGAGCACUGUCCAGUUUGGAAGCGGACCACAGCGCGAAUAGCUGAAGAGGAGAAGAAGAGGAAGCUCGCGGCGCCCACGAGCCCCGUUCACUCAUCGAUAACUCGAGUGGAAUGUGAAUCCACGGCGUAGUUUCCCACGGACACGUUCGGCGGUUCCUGGAGCUCGCGCUCGAAACCACUACAGGUGCGUCAGACAGCGAGCCCGAGGCUUCUGCAGAGGAGACCUUCACUUUCUGACCCGCUUCAGCCGGAAAAGAGAAAGCCACAUCCUGCCCGGCUUUCUUGACCUUACUAGUGCUGCUCUCCAAAGGGGGAAGCCUCCAGGCUUCUGCAACACUCUGGCACAAACCCAGUGAGGGAAUAAGCUCAGCUAUGUCUGCCUAGCAGCAGCUCUCAGCCCACAGUGCACCAGUACAACCACCUGUUUGACAGACUACCAGAGCCCUAAUACAAUCAGUUUUCUGUCAGAGUGGCUGUGGGUACAAUGCACAAAGCGGAUUUUCUCAACCACUGUGGAAAACUGACCAUGCAUCGCUUCCUUCAAACCAACUAUUUCUUCCCCCUUCUCCUCCUUCUUAUCUUUCUCUGUAUCCCCUCCAACGCCAGCUCCCCUGACUUAGCCUACUCCAAUGCCAGUUGUUCCCAAGGUGACGUCUGCUCCGAGGGUGUCAUCUUACCCGUGUGGAACCCCCAGAACCCAUCAGUGGGUGAUAAGGUGGCUCGUGCCAUCGUCUACUUUGUGGCACUGGUCUACAUGUUCCUGGGCAUGUCAAUCAUUGCAGACCGUUUCAUGUCUUCUAUUGAGGUCAUCACCUCGCAAGAGAAGGAGAUUACCAUCAAAAGGCCCAAUGGUGAGACCACUACGGCAACUGUGCGCAUCUGGAACGAGACUGUUUCUAACCUGACCUUGAUGGCUUUGGGUUCUUCAGCUCCAGAGAUUCUGCUGUCAGUCAUUGAGGUUUGUGGGCACCAGUUUAAAGCUGGACACUUGGGCCCCAGCACCAUUGUUGGCAGCGCUGCCUUCAACAUGUUUGUCAUCAUUGGAAUCUGCGUCUAUGUUGUACCUGAUGGUGAGACCCGGAAAGUCAAGCACCUCAGAGUCUUCUUUGUGACUGCAGCAUGGAGUAUCUUCGCCUACGUCUGGCUCUACAUAAUACUCUGUGUGUCAUCCCCCAGUGAAGUCGAGGUUUGGGAGGCUGUUCUCACCUUCCUCUUCUUCCCCAUCUGCGUGGUGCAGGCAUGGGUGGCCGACCGACGCCUGCUCUUCUACAAGUAUGUCCGCAAGCACUACCGUGCAGACAAGAGCCAUGGUAUUGUGGUAGAGACGGAAGGAGGUGAAGAGAUGGUGAAAGAGACAGGCUUCACAAAGAUGGACAUGCUAGAACUGGAUGGCAUGGCAGCCCACCUUGACGGCAUGCUGGGAGGAGAGGAUGGAUUGGGGGGUCGCGAUCAGGAGGAGGAGGCCAGGAGGGACAUGGCUAGGACACUGAAGGAGCUCAAGCAAAGACACCCAGACAAAGACAUGGAGCAGCUCAUAGAGAUGGCCAACUAUCAGGUGCUGGUGCAGCAGCAGAAGAGCCGAGCAUUUUAUCGUAUCCAGGCCACUAGGAUGAUGAUUGGUGCAGGGAACAUUCUGAAGAAGCAUGCAGCAGAUCAGGCCCGGAAGGUGGUGAGCAGUGGAGAGACGCGGGAGCAGGAGGACGACCCCUACACCACACGGCUAGAGUUCGAGCCAGCACUCUACCAGUGCUUUGAGAACUGUGGCUCCUUAAAGCUCACCGUGGGGCGACAUGGAGGGGAUGCAGGGUGUACUGUCAAGGUUGACUACCGUACUGAAGACGGCACUGCCAACGCUGGCUCUGAUUAUGAGUUUGCUGAAGGGACUCUGGUCUUCAAGCCUGGAGAGACACUCAAAGAGCUGACCGUGGGCAUCAUUGACGAUGACAUAUUUGAGGAGGAUGAGUACUUCUACGUCCACCUCAGCAAUCCACGAAUUGUGGGGUGGGCCGAUGGACACCCCGUUGCCUUGGAUACCGGAGCCCCCACUCCUAAAGCAGCAUUGGGGGAGGCUCACACAGCCACAGUGACCAUCUAUGAUGACGACCAUGCAGGCAUCUUCACGUUUGAGAGCGAGUCUACACGGGUCAGUGAAAGUGUGGGCGUAAUGCAGGUGAAAGUCCAGAGGACAUCUGGUGCACGAGGCCUGGUGGCCGUGCCCUACAGGACCAUUGACGGGACGGCCCGCGGGGGCGGGGACUACGAAGAAGUUUCAGGAAAACUGGAGUUCCAAAAUGAUGAGACCAUGAAGAUUAUUGAAGUGAAGAUUAUCGAUGAUGAGGAGUAUGAGAAGAAUAAAACAUUCAUCAUUGAGCUGGGCGAACCGGUUCUCCUGGAGGUUGGACAGAAACACGGAGACUCCAAUGAGAACAAGCCUGCAGUAGGAGCAGAAGAAGAAGAGGUGGCUAAGAUGGGCUGUCCCAGCCUAGGAGAACACACCAGACUGGAGGUGGUGAUUGAAGAGUCCUAUGAGUUUAAGAGCACAGUGGAUAAGCUCAUUAAGAAGACCAAUCUGGCUCUGGUAGUGGGUAGCAGCAGCUGGAGGGAGCAGUUUGUCAAUGCGGUUACUGUGAGUGCAGGUGAUGAUGAUGAGGAGGAGAGUGGCGAGGAGCGUCUUCCAUCCUGCUUCGACUACAUCAUGCACUUCCUCACCGUCUUCUGGAAGGUCCUCUUUGCCUUUGUGCCCCCCACUGAAUACUGGAACGGGUGGGCAUGUUUCAUCGUGUCAAUCUCGUUGAUUGGCAUCUUAACAGCAGUGACGGGUGACCUGGCCUCACACUUCGGCUGCACCAUCGGCCUGAAGGACUCCGUCACUGCCGUGGUGUUUGUAGCACUGGGCACCUCCGUACCAGACACCUUUGCCAGUAAGGUCGCUGCUAUACAGGACCAGUAUGCUGACGCCUCCAUUGGUAACGUAACAGGCAGUAAUGCGGUCAACGUAUUCCUGGGCAUCGGUGUGGCAUGGACCAUCGCUGCUGUGUACUGGCGCACCAAGGGCAAACCCUUCCAGGUGGAUCCCGGCUCUCUGGCCUUCUCCGUCACACUCUUCACUGCCCUGUGUUUGGUGUGUGUCAGCGUGCUCCUGUACCGCCGGCGCCCCUCAGUGGCCAGAGGAGAACUCGGGGGCCCUCGGACUUGCAAACUGUUGACCUCAUUGGUCUUCAUCGUGCUUUGGCUUAUCUACAUUCUUCUGGCUUCUCUGGAAGCAUACUGCCACAUUCCUGGAUUCUGAGAGAGAGAGAGAGAGAGAGAGAGAGAAAGACCCAGAGAAGGAACAGGAAUGAGGUAGUGAAGGGACUUUAGGUCCACAUUUUAGUCUUUCAAAUGAACUAUGAGUGUCUCUUCGGUUCCCACACUAUAAACUUUUCCUCUCUCAUCCGUCCUCUCUGUUCUCUAGCUUGUUGUGGGUUCCUUUCUCCUUUUGCCUUACUGUAAGACCUCUAAAGUUGUCUUAAAAUUGUCUCUGCACUCUUAAAAAUAAAGGUUCCUAGAUUGUUACUGGCUAGAAUGUACAAUUCAAUGAAAAUCCAUUAAUUGAUAUAAACCGUUACAUUAUGUGGAGGUUCUUUAAACUUUACAAAGUUUCUUCAUUUACAAAAAUGCUUCUUUGAGAAACUGUUCAUUGAAAGGUACUACAAAGAAUCAAAUGUGGUUCUUCUGUGGUAUCGCUCCCAACAACCUUUUUUAGCACCUUUAUUUUAAAGAGUGUACCAGUAACCAGUGAGCCUAUAGAGUUUUCCUUCUUCUUCAACCACUCCCUCCUGUUUGAGCCAGUAUAAAGAUCCGGUUACUGAAAGUUACGUUUUUCUACUCCUUUUCAAUAGUGUCAAGUGUCAAUGGUUGUCAAAAGUUGUUAUCGUGUAAUUGUAACAGUGAUAUUCUAGAGGACAUUUGGACCAAGACAAGUCAACGGCAUCAAAGCUGAAUUGAAUGAAAUGAAGGACUGUUAGACUGUAAGUGUUCAUAUGUGAAAGAGUUCAAGCCAAUAUCAAGAAGUAAUAACUUUCUGUAAAAAAUGGAAAAAUUAUUUGAAUGUGAAGAAAUGAUGUAAUGCGGAAUGAGAAGAAGUUGGAGGAUGGCAGACCUUGACAAGACAUUCUGAUCCUGGACUCAGAAAGGAGGGGAUAAAGAACCAAUCAGAAUGAAGACAAUUUAGAAAAUGGUAGUGAUGGUGCUGAAGAUUACAUAGUCUGUAAAAACUAAAUACUGGACACAGACGCUGCCCAGUCCCAGGCUAUAAAAGGAUAUUCAGCAGAGCCUUCUGAUGGACCUUCUGAAUCUAUACAUGCUAAACUGCAGUGAGAGUCAGGGAGCAGCGUGUGUGAUGGCAUUUAGCGUGGACCGCGGACACUUUUGCCAUGUCAAAUGAAGGAAAAGUGUUAUUAUGGAAAUACUGGACGGGCACGGAAAAUGACCUCUGCCACAGAAAAGCCCUGAAAUAGUCUGUGUGCUCAGAGCAUUUACACAGUCUGUUCUCACUGGAGCAUUUUAUGUGAUCAAACGUUGCAGGUGUUAUUACUAUUACUGCUAUUUUUAUUUUGAUAUAUUGAUUACAAUACCUGGUUGCUGUUGCUGUUACAUGUCGUCACUGUUUAUGUUGUCCAGGUCAAUGUUUGUGACAAUUGGACUUACUGUGAUUUGAGUGUUUGGAAAGUGAUAGAGCAGGAAAGAGAGGGUGUCUGAAAGAGAAAGCUAAGCUAGACAGAGAGAGUUACAUUUGCUUCUCCCUCUGUCUCUGUCUGCUGUAUUUCUGCAUUUUAAGAAUGAUGGACAGAAUAGUCACAUGCAAACAGGAAAAAAAAAGAAAGCAGGGAAAAAAACUGGAAGAAGUGUGACAGAUUUAGUACUCGUGCAGACGUUUAGCUAUUCAGAGUAGCUGCCUCAGCCUAAUACAUUGUUUUGAGUGAUGGGAUGCGUAUGCAGUGUAUUUUUAGGACCUCCUGUUGCUAGGCGACCAUUCCAGAGAGUCAUUGUCUUGUCUGAGCCUGUUGAUACUCUGUGUGUAUGUAUAUGUGUGUGUGUGUGUGUGUGUGUGUGUGUGUGUGUGUGUGUGUGUGUGUGUGUGUGUGUGUGUGUGGUAAUUGCUUUUAAGGUCACUACCUUUUUUUCCUGCACUCUGCUCGUUCCUUAGUCUUAAUGAUUUGAAGGCCAGGCCAGAAACAUCCCAAUGCAAAAACAACUGCUGUAAUUGGAUUCCAUCAGCAGAUAGCUGGAGUGUUUUCUGAAUGAGAUUGAGCAAGAGUGGGGGAGGAGCUUCAGUGAUGUUUGGAGAUAAAGAAUAAAGGGGAUUAGAGGGGAGAGUGUUUCUGGAUUAGGAGUAAGAUAGGUGAUCAUGGGAAAUGCAGUUGUAGAGAACGGAAAUGUAGUUUGUUGCUGCCAUAUCAAAACCUUGUAAUCCCACUUUUGUUUUAUUGUUUCUUUUUUUUAUUUGUGCCAUUUGAAAGCCAGCUGCCUUUUGCAUUGUAUGAUCAUUUCAUUAAAAUUGGACCAAUAGAAAUGGUCCAAACCUGCUUGUAAUAAAAUCUCAUUACAUUAAAAGGACAUUCCAACCAAAACUAGCAUUUAAUACAGUCACAUUCCAGUGACUGAACACCUAAAUUAAAUGGUUUAUUGAUUUUCUUGGUGAAAAUUAGUUAACACAUCCUUUACAGGGAACAAACUUUAAUAUGGCAUGUAUAUGCCAACUUUACAUACAUACAUGUAUAUACUCAACUUUGCUGAGCUUUCCAGUAUUUAAAAUUCUGCUAAUAAACUGCAUUAAAGUGUGUAGAAGUAUGUUUUCUGUAGAGGAUGUUUUUACCUUUAUUACUUAGAAAAUCAACAAAACAUGUCGUUUUUUAUUUGACCAGAGGUACCCAAGUGCAAAUACUCUGUUGACUAGUUGUGUGGGCAAAUUGAUGAUACUGUAUCAUUACCUUAAUAAAUAAAAUCACAAUAUGAUUUUCUCAGUAUAUUGAUUAUAUCAUAGUAACAACUGCAUGUUUUACUGCAACGAAAAUAUAAUUAGUGCAGUUUGAUUGGAUUUAGUGCCGAGCAGUAUAUAAAAUGUUGAAUGAAAAUGAUUGUACUAAGAAUUUUGGCAGUUUUUUAAUAUGAUGGUACUGUAGAUGCUAAUAAAUACAGACGUGAUGUUCUGCAGUAACGUUAACUAUCUGACUUUCUGCAUUCUCCAGCUUUUAAGCGGCCUAUUCUCAAACUCCCUCUCUAUUCUCACAAUUCUCCACUAAGGUUCCUCCCACCUUCAUCAGAAGGUGGUUUUGUUAGUCCAUAAACAUGGAAAUCUUGCUCUCGAGAUUAUGUUGGAAGUACUGUAGCAGCAAAGUAGGUCUGCUAAUAACAGAUGGAGACAUGGUUAAAUUUGUCAUUUUGGCCAGAGUGCCCCUUUAAUGUACAUUUUCCCUCUUCCUGUAAAAUGACCAUUUUGGAGAGACAAGGUUUUGUUACAACAGUGACAAAUUAUGUUCUGUGUGCAAGGUAGUGUCUCUGCUGGCUGCUGUCCCAGUGACCUGAUCCAAUCAGUGAAAGUGGUGUGUCUGGGUGUCACUGACUUUGUGUCUUGACAGGUAGAGAGAACAAGAGGGCAUACAUACACACACACACACACACACACACACACACACACACACACACGGUUACCCAUACACAUUAACCUCACACACAACAAGUGCAGUGCACAUUAACCUCACACACACGUUUCUGAACACUGUCUCUUUCGCUGUCUCUGUGCCAUCAGCGCUCCUGACACAUGCACACAGAUGCUCACAUUGCCAUUCAUUUAUAAGUCAUUAUGCAGUAUGAAUAUUUGCACAGUGAGUGGUAGAGUUUUAAUAAUACUGAAUUAGACCACUUGGUAAAUCCUCAUGAACACUGUUGCAGUACAGAGGUAUGUUUUUGUCAUUUUUGCUCUGCAUGUUCAUUAUGUCAGUUGCUGUCAUAAGAAAACCUCUAAAAUGUCACACUAACAAAGAUUUGUUGUCAACUGUCAAAAGCAUAAGCGCAUGUACUGUGGAUCAUCACAACUGUGAUGUCAUGUGUGAUAACACACUCCCUCUCAUGUUUUAUUGGUUUUAUAGAACAGUUCUGCAAAAUGAAAGAAGGUAAAACAGAUAAACCCCGAAUAUUGCAUCAAAUGGGCUUUAAUACUGUAGUCCUGAAACAGUAUCCUUCUGCAUUAAGAGCUAUAAAACUGUCGCAAUAACAGAUUUAGCUUAGCUUUUUCAAUACUUUCCAGAUGAACCUGAAUGUGAUUUUGUUCCAGACAGACUGUAAAACAUUUCACAGCUCAUCUUGUUCACCAAAAUGUGUUCUGCUAGUUUCUGGCUAACUCUAGAUUGUUGAGUUGUUUUUUCACAGCUGCUGACCAAAAGGUUUGUUAAGGGGCAACAACAGAUUCAGAAUAUGAUGUAGACACUCUUAUUCGCAAUCUGAUUAAACCGGCUGCAGCUCAGUAUCUUAUAGAAGUUAUGUAGGGCAUUCACUUCAUGUGUUUAUAUAAAAGUAGGAACUUACUAACAGCUAAAGCAUGAAGUGAGUGGUUACUUAGUAACUGGUGUUCAGCAUAACAAUAUGCUGUUUUACAUCACUUACUUAUGUAGCGUACUAGCCAACUUUAGUACAAGUGGUGUGUUCAUACUGGAAAAUGAAAUGGGAUGUAGUGCACUGCUAGUAUCCGGAUGGUGUACACAUUGCAAAUUGGAUGUGCAUAUAUGUAGCAGAAGAGCAGAGCCUGGAAAGGCCGCUGCAGUUUAAUAUUUCAAAUGAGAAAAAGAUGUCUUUGUAUUUGCUUCUAACUGCAUUUUUAUGUAACAUUAUUUGUGUUAGGCUUUACACAGGGGAGAAUUUCACAAUGUCAUAACGGAAACUGGGCAUUUAGGUAAUUGUUAACUUUAAUCCGCUAGUGUAAGUUACAUACUAAUAUAGGUGCAACAAUAUACAGCAAGGUAAUUUGUCAUUUCCAUUCAGUGCAAAACCUUAUUGUUCGAUUUGAGAUGAUAAUAUACAUGAUAACUUUGUCAACAUAUAGUAGCGUUGACUGCUGUUAAAAAAACCUAGGUUUUAUACAAGUCACGGUGCUUUAUUAACCAGCUGUUGUUGGCCACAGCCACACCACACAUAAGCUUAGCUCUAGCCUCCUAGCUCAUGUCAUAUCUCAACUGAUGCCAGUGCUCAGUUCUUCCUGAUCUACACGUAAGCACAGCCAGUUGGCUAACCCUACCUUCACAAUAAGAGUCCUUAUAGAAUAAUCCAAUAUAAAUAUUGUGGAAGAAUUAAACUAGAAUUAACAUGUGAACAACAUUUCUUGGACAUGCUACAUCAGCCAAGUUACAGUAGCCAAGUUACUUCUGUUCUAAGUUAAAUAUUGUAAGAGUUUAAGUGCUUUUCAGUGUAACUUUUCAGGAGAGAAUUUUUGGGCUAAUCUGUUGGUCAUUUUAUCAUGAAAUGUCCACACAACUUUAAUGGGAAGUGGUGUUUUCAUUUGAUGUAAAAAAAAAGAAAAAAUAUAGGCAUUUAGGGUUUUCAUAUGACAGUGACAAUGUCAGUUUUUGUUAUAUCAGUGCUUUUGUAUGUGUGCUGGGUGGGGGGAGGUGUGGGGAGGGAGGUAUGUAUUUGCAUGUUGAACCAGUGCUUAGAUCUUUACGUCUGAUGAUGUUGAGUAUAUAAAAAAGCAAGCGUCCCCAUGAAACAGCCACCAGUAUUCGUGUGUGAGUGUGUGCGUGUUUGUUUUAGUCUCGGCUUGAUCAUGGCGUCUGUCUGUACUUCAGUGUGUCACCGUGUGUGACUGUCAUUUUGUGCAUUUCGUCACGCUGUCUUGUUCUUUUAAGUGUAUUUUGUCAUUCAUUUUUGCUUUUAACCCCGUUUUUUAAAGAAUUCUUCUUUUAAUCACAGCACGUCGCCCUGCUCCCUCUGAGGAAUCACCAAGUGCUUUCCAUCCGCAUGAACGAUCUCCUUAAUAAUCUCUACGUUUGAUUUGUAUUGUUCUGUCAUUUGACAGAGAUUAGCUCUGAGGUUGAGGGUGUAGAGGUGUGUGUGAGGGGUCAUUAGAGAGCCUGCCUGCACUCAGCAUUUGCAUGUUUCAUCCUCCUUCAUGACUCUAUCCAAUGAAAUGUGGUUUUAGGAAAUGUCUCAAGAUAUUUUUAAACAUGCUUUUUUCUUUCAUUAAAUCCAAAUUAAACUUUAAAACAGCUGAUGAC